AUGGCUCAACAACUGAACAUUACGCGCCUCCCUGCUCCGGCUGUGCCGGUUCUCCCUGUGGCUGCCUCUUAUGAUGAACACCGAGGCAGGCAGACUCCAUUAAUCAUCGAUAAUGGUUCCACUACUCUGAGAUUUGGUUUCUGCACUUCGUCCGAGCCUCGUUGUCAGCCAAAUAUUGUGUCAAAGUACAAGGAACGAAGGACGAACAAGCCGCUGCUGCUCUUUGGGGACGGUGUAGAAGCCGAGGGAGGGGCCAAAUCGCAGGCGAAGACGCCAUGGGAAGGGGAUGUGCUCCUGAAUUUUGACGCCCUUGAGAAUGCACUCGACUACGCGUUCAUACAGCUCGGCAUCGAUGCUCCCACUGUGGAACACCCCGUGCUCAUGACGGAGCGCCUCUGUUCGCCGUUGCACUCCCGUGGACUGACGUCUGAGCUGAUGUUUGAGCAAUAUUCCGUGCCCUCCCUUGCUUUCUGCGUGGACUCUGUGUUGUCCUUCUACCACAAUAACCUCCCGUCGCCACCAGUUCCCUUCACCUCCGAUGGCCUCGUCAUAUCGUUCAACUCUGCAUCGACAUCUGUGAUACCGAUAAUGAACGGGAAGGGCAUCAUGAGUCACGCCAAGCGUAUACCAUGGGGUGCAAAUCAAGCGACGGACUAUCUUCUCAAGCUGAUCCAACUGAAGUACCCGACCUUCCCAACGCGCGUCACUGCAACGCAGACGAAUUGGAUGUUGCAAAACUUCUGCGAGUUUGCGACAGACUAUACCUCUCUGUUGCGUACUCUGAAAGACCCGCUAAAAAUGCGUGAAGCGGAGCGCAUCAUCCAGUUUUCUUUCACGCUUCCUGUCACAGAAGAGAAAACCGAAGAAGAGCUCGCACGUAUUGCGGAGCGUAAGAAGGAGCAGGGGCGCAAGCUGCAAGAGAUCGCAGCUAGAACGCGGAUGGAGAAGCUUGUGCAGAAAGAGAACGAUUUGCAAUACAUGUUGAGCUUAAGAGAGAGGCGGGAAGAGGAGAACAAGAAGCAGUGGACCAACACACUACAAGAGGAAGGUUUCGAUGACGAUGCAGCCUUGGAUAGUGCUAUCAAGAAGCUAGAGAAUGAUUUGAAAAAGGCGAGAAAGAAGGAGACGGAUGGCGAUGAGCAAGAAGUUGGUGAGCCACCAUCAUUCCCUCUCCUCGAUGUGCCCGAUGCUGAUGACGGCCUCAAAGAGAAACGGAAACAACGGCUCUUGAAGGCAGGCUACGAUGCUCGCGAACGUGCAAAGCGCGAGAAAGAGCGAGAGCGCGAGGAAAGAGAGGCAGAAGAGCGGCGAGAAGAAGAAGAGCGCGAUCGCGAUUUAUCAGGAUGGGCGAGCAAGCUGCGGAAAGAACAGGAGACGAUCAUGAACAAGAUCAAGGAGCGGAAUAGGAGGAGGGCUGCGCUGACAGAUCGCAAGAGCGCUGCUGCUCAGGCGCGGAUGAAGAGCAUCGCGAAUCUGGCCGCUGAUGAUCGCGUCCCGAAGAAGCGCAGAAAGACUGGAGCUGAGGACAUGUUUGGCGCCGAUGAUGCGGACUGGGCGAUCUACCGAAAAAUCAACAAUGCAGCAGCGUCUUCUGACGAGGAAGAAGAUCUCGCGAGCCUGCAGGCGGUAGAACAGAAGCUGCUGCAGUACGACCCGUCCUUCACGCACGAGCAUACACAUGCCUCCCUCUCCGCUCAGAGAUCUGCCCUGCUAUCUGCAUUCCGACCGCAGUAUGACGAAGGCGACAUUGAAGGCAAGACACGGAUACACCUCAAUGUCGAGCGUUGGCGUGUCUGCGAGACGUGGUUCUCACCCAACAUGGCGGGCGUGGACUCCGCCGGUAUAGGAGAGGUGCUGCAGAGCAUUCUCUCACGCUUCCCUGACCCAGAGAAGGGACGCUUGGUCAAGAACGUUUUUGUGACUGGAGGGCCGUCACAACUGCCUGGAAUAGUCUCCCGUCUGCAUGCGACGCUGCGGCCCAUCUUGCCGCCUGAGAUGCCUCUGGAGAUCGUGCGGGCCGCGGACCCGAUGUUGGACGCCUGGAAGGGAAUGGCGGACUUUGCGAAGACGGAUGAGUUCAAGAAGGUCGGCGUGACCAAGGCCGAGUACGAGGAAUGGGGUGGCGAGCGCAUCAAGCGAUGGUGGGGAGGUAACUGGAACUCGUCCGUCCCGAUUGAGGAGUGAACGCCUCUCGUAUGCGUUUUCUCCUGUGUUGUAUUUGUGUUCGUGCUUGUGCGUGUUGAAUAGUGCAUAGAGGGGUAUAUAGGUCCAUAAGGCAUAUUGUACUGGCACGCCAGCAUGAUGAGUUUACACGGGGAUAAAUAGCGGCGUGGACGCCAUCCGGUAAAAGUUCACGACAACAAGGAGAAAGAGAGAGAUAUUUAUGUACACAAUAUGAGUAGCCGAUGUCUAGCCGCUGCAGCCUUCAGCAGCACCCGCCUCCGCUCUGGUUCGCUGGCUGAUUCACCUUCACGGCUCCGUCGGUUCC